UACCGUGAAUGUCAAAAUAGUUUGGAGCAGCCAUUUUUGUUUGCUGACAAGUUUAUGCAAGAUCAAAAUGUAACACAUAAUUUAGAUAUCAGGAUGUCUUAUUUGUAUUCUUUUGAUCAAAAUUGUAAAGAUUUUUGUGAAGAAAACUUAACAGUUCUUGAGCAAAAAAUUAUUUAUGAAAAAGUUCACAGUGCAUAUAAAAAAGCCUUAAAUAAGGCAUUAGAAACUAAUUCAAAAUUACAAUAA